UCCGACCGACGGGACAUCUGCACGGCUCACGCGCCGUAGCCGCGGGACGAGUCUAUCGGGACUAUUUGCACGUUAAAACUUGGAUAUUUCUCGCCAGUUCGUCGCACUGCAACGAUGUUAACUACUUUACGGAGCUAGAAGUGGUGUCAGGUCCCCAGUGCCUGCAGCCAGCGGCCUGUCCACGACCCUCCUGCAGCAACCUUUGAAGUGAGGCCAGGAGUGUGAACUGCUCUCCUCCCCGUCCCUCCUGCCAUCUUCAAAGCGUCUCCACACACACACACACACACUCUUUUGCUGCCAGGGACACAAGUGAGACGAGGACCCAGGAAAACACAGUUAGUGGGAGUUUCAAAGGAGGACUGAAGGAAAUAAUUUAGUCCUGUAAAUCUUCAGAGGGAUUGUUCCACUUCACAGGACCUUAACAUGGGGAACCAGCUAACAGAGAUCGCCCCCAACACCCCGUUCCUCCCCAGCUUCCAGUCUUUACACGUUGUGGUGAUAGGUUUGGACUCUGCAGGGAAGACCUCCCUCCUCUACAGACUCAAGCUGCGGGAGUUUGUAGAGACGAUCCCCACUAAAGGCUUCAACAUGGAGAGGAUUAAAGUGCCCAUGGGGAACUCCAAAACCAACACCACCACGUUCCAGGUGUGGGACGUCGGCGGGCAGGAGAAGCUGAGGCCCCUCUGGAAGUCGUACACCAGGAGGACGGACGGGCUGGUGUUCGUGGUGGACGCAGCCGAGCCCGAGCGCAUGGAGGAGGCCAAGGUGGAGCUCCACCGAAUCACCCGGUCAGCGGAGAACCAGGGGGUGCCCGUGCUGGUUCUGGCAAACAAACAGGACCUGGAUGGAGCCACGUCAGCUUCAGAGGUGGAGAAGGUUCUGGCUCUCCAUGAGCUGAGCUCAUCCACGCUGCACCACACGCAGGGCUGCUCGGCACUGGACGGUCAGGGCCUGCAGCCCGGCCUGGAGAAACUCUACGAGAUGAUCCUAAAGAGGAAGAAGAUGCUCCGACACAGCAAAAAGAAGAGAUGAGGCAGAGGAUUGCAGUGGUGCUGGGGAUACAGGUGACUUUUUGAACCACGACUUGUCUGAGGUCCUCCUCAGCAGACAUGUCUAAGACAUUUUUGGAACCUCAGCGGAUGAAACCAGGGGAAGACUGUCAGUCCUUCAGACAAGCUGGGAUGUCUUCAACAAAGUUCAAACUGUGGCUCUGAAGUUCGUGCCAAAUGAUAACGCCCUCCUUCACCCUCUAGACAUUUGGGCAAACCUGCUUCCUUUGGGAUUGUUUCUGCUCUUGAGCACUCGUCCCUUUCUUCACCCCCCACCCUUCAAGAAGCAUGGCAGAGAGAGCUCCAGCUCCAGAGGGAAUGACUGAGGAAACCUGUGCAAUAUAUGAUGAACACUCACUGAUGCACUCACUCCAAUGUUGAAGGAUAUUUUGUACCACUACUUGUACAAACUGUAGUGCCAACAGAAACCUGCAGGCCUGGCCCAAGCAUAGUUCCUGUUCCUUUCACUAAGUUUCAGUGUCACACUUUACUCUAAAUCGUUAUGUUGCAUGAUGUUCACCCAAAUACCUGCUUGGGAGUAUUAAGACAACACUUUUGUUGAUCAAAAGAAGACUUUUCUGAUUGUUCUAGGUUAGUAACUGCCCAGUGUUAAUUUAGAUAGGCCUUUGGAAGAUUAGUUAAGAUGUACCACCAACGUGACAUUUACUGACUGAUAAACUGAGGCUGCUGAACCCAGUCAUGCAAGUUAAGAUUGUUUUUCACUCUCCACCAAAGUUGUUGUUUGUCUCAGCUCGGUGUCUUUCAGGGUUGGCUGAAUGGUUGGCUGAAUGGAUGGGUGGUUGGUGAUUUCAAACAAGAAGAUGUUUUUACAUUGUGUACAUUUUGUUUUGUAAAAUGUCAACAUAUGAAUAAAUUAUUGAGCAACUUUA